UGGUGAAUGGACUUUGAUGUUGAUUUAUAUUCAGGGACAAAAAAGGGUUACCUCCACAAGAGAUAAAAUGCGGCAACGCAGAUGCCUAUGAAUCUAUGAAGACUCCAUCGGAAACAAUGGCAUCAAUCAUCGCACUUAUACUGUUGAUACUACUCUCGAUUGAUCGGAAAACCAUCGCUGAUAACUAUAACCAACCGGAACCGAUUGGUUAUGGAUACUCCCUCAAAUCUGUCGCCAUCGGUCCGUCGGGAAAAUCAUUGACCGCUGAUCUGCAACUCAACAACAAGUCUUCGUUGUUUGGACCUGAUAUCGAUGAGCUUCACCUCUUCGCAAGCUUCGAAACAGUUGAUCGUUUGAGGAUUCGAAUCACAGACGCAAAACGCCAAAGAUGGGAAAUUCCAACCCACAUUCUUCCUCGCCCAUCGCGAACUUCUUCCGUGCCCCCAAAAUCCCACCAACAGAUUCCGGCUAACUUCUUUCUCUCAGAUCCCACCUCCGAUCUCAUCCUAACCAUCUACAACACCACCACCGCCACAACCACCCAAUUCGGAUUCACCGUCGCUCGUCGCUCUACUGGCGAUAUACUCUUUGAUACCUCUGCCACUGUUCUCAUCUACAAGGAUCAAUACCUGGAACUAACAUCUUCACUUCCGGCUGACCGGUCCUCCAUUUACGGCCUUGGGGAGCAUACCAAACGUUCCUUUAAAUUAACACAUAAUCAGACGCUAACCCUUUGGAAUGCCGAUAUURGAAGCGMGAWMCCUGAUCUCAAUCUAUAUGGAUCACAUCCGUUUUAUAUGGAUGUCCGAUCGCCGGAUUCUGAUGGUAGAGUGUUGGCGGGUACCACUCAUGGUGUCUUGUUGCUCAAUAGCAACGGGAUGGAUAUUGUGUAUAAUGGUGAUCGUAUCACGUAUAAGGUAAUUGGGGGUAUUAUCGAUUUCUAUAUCUUUGCUGGGCCGUCGCCGGAAUUAGUCAUGGAUCAAUACACUGAGUUCAUCGGCCGGCCGACUCCCAUACCCUAUUGGUCCUUCGGGUUCCAUCAGUGUCGAUGGGGUUAUAAAGAUGUUGAUGCUCUUGAGGGUGUUGUUGCUGGCUAUGCAAAAGCCAAGAUCCCCCUGGAAGUUAUGUGGACAGAUAUAGACUAUAUGGAUGCUUAUAAAGAUUACAUAUUAGACCCCAUCAAUUUCCCCUUGGAUAAAAUGUCAGCAUUUGUUCAAAAUCUUCACCAAAAUAAUCAGAAAUAUGUACUCAUAUUAGAUCCAGGCAUCAGUGUUAAUACGACCUACAAAACUUACAUAAGAGGACUGCAAGCAGAUAUUUAUAUAAAGCGCGAUGGUAUACCUUAUGUAGGUGAGGUUUGGCCUGGUAUUGUUAAUUUCCCGGACUUUUUGAAUCCAAAAGGCGCAACCUUUUGGGGAGAUGAGAUCAAAAGGUUCCGUGAUCUUCUACCCUUUGAUGGCAUCUGGCUUGAUAUGAACGAAGAAUCCAAUUUCAUAUCCUCCCCUCCAUUUCCCUUAUCUAAACUCGAUAAUCCUCCCUAUAAGAUUAACAAUUCAGGUGUCCAAAUGCCCAUCAAUAAUAAAACUGUGCCUGCAAGUUCUCUUCAUUUUGGCAACAUCACCGCCUAUGAUGCCCAUAACUUGUAUGGAUUUUUGGAGGCCAGGGCAACGAAAGAGACGUUGAUCAAAAUAACGGGCAAACGGCCAUUUAUACUUUCUAGAUCAACAUUUGUUGGAUCUGGGAUUUAUACAGCACAUUGGACCGGAGACAAUGCUGCAACAUGGGAUGACUUGGCGUACUCCAUUCCAAGCAUCUUGAAUUCUGGGUUAUUCGGGAUUCCAAUGGUUGGUGCGGAUAUAUGUGGUUUUUCAAGAAACACUACUGAAGAACUAUGCCAGCGGUGGAUUCAGCUUGGUGCUUUUUAUCCGUUUUCAAGGGACCAUUCCGACAAGGAGAGCACAAGACAAGAGCUUUACCUUUGGGAUUCUGUAGCUGCAACAUCUCGAAAGGUCCUUGGCUUGCGCUACCAAAUGCUUCCUUACUUGUACACAUUAAUGUAUGAGGCACAUUCGAAGGGGACUCCCAUCGCACGACCUCUAUUCUUCUCAUUCCCUCAAGACACCAAGACCUACGAUAUUAGCACACAGUUUCUCCUUGGCAAAAGUGUAUUAGUGUCACCCGUUUUAGAGCCAAAAACAGUCUCGGUUGACGCUUACUUCCCAUCUGGCAACUGGUUCGACCUAUGGAACUAUUCUAAUUCGAUCAGUGUGGACUCCGGGACUUAUGUUAGGCUCGAUGCACCAGCUGAUCAUAUAAACGUUCAUAUCCGUGAAGGGAACAUAUUAGUUUUACAAAAAGAAGCUUUAACGACAAAGGCCGCUAGGGAGACGCCAUUUCRYUUGCUGGUUGUGGUUAGYCGCAGUGAGAAUAGCACCGGUGAGGUCUUUCUAGACGAUGGGGAGGAAAUCGAAUGUGGUGGGGAAGGUGGGAGGUGGACGUCCGUAAGAUUUUCCAGCCAAGUUGUGGGGAAAAAAGCAAUGUUAAGAUCGGAGGUUGUGAAUGGAGAUUAUGCGUUGAGUCGAAGGUGGAUUAUUGAAAAGGUGACGUUUAUUGGGUUGGAAAAUGUUUCAACCACGAAGGGUUUUCUGCUAUGUCGGAAUGCGAGAGCGGGAGUGUGUAGCGGAAGAGUAACGGUUGGUGGCGGUGGUGGGCGGUUUGGUAUGGCAGAGAUCUCGGGUUUGUCUUUGUUGAUAGGGGAAGAGUUCGAUUUAACGUUCAACCUUGACUAAUAAUUUCGUUUUUGCCACCUUCAACCCACUGUCAGAUCAGGAAUAUACUGAGUUUGUUGAUAUAAUGUUGUACUAUCUAUUUAAAAAACUCGUAUAUUAAUAAAAAUAAGAGUAAACGUUGGUUUGC